GGGCCGUGGUGACGUCGGCUGGUGGUGACGUCGCUGACUGCGGGUCGGCGGCGGCGGCGCGCGGUCCGGGAUCAGGAACUGUACGACUGCAGCAGCGACAGUGGGCGGCGGCUCCUCUGCAGCGAUGGAGCCCGAGCAGCCGGCAGUCCCGCCGCACGGCAAGUCACAGCUCAAUGCCAUUGCCGAAGACGUGCACCGGGAUGAGUCAGAGCCUGCCAGCCUUCCGCAAUCGGCAGCAGAGGGCGUGGAACCACUAAAUGAGGAAGAAGAGAUAUCAAUAGAGGAACAAAAACAGAAAGCCAGAGAUGGUGAUGCAGCGGCACAGACUGAGAUGGGCAAAUAUUAUCUGAAGCUAGCUGACGAAAAGGAUGAAGAAUUGAAUAACUGCACAGCAGUAGAAUGGUUGCUCCAAGCUGCCAAACAGGGCAAAGGAGAAGCUGUAAAACUCCUGAAAAGUUGUCACACCGACAGGAAAGGCAUCACUUCCGAAAAUGAACAAGAAGUCAGAAAGCUUGUGAAUGAAAGUGAGUUUGAGCGGAUUGUACGAAGAGCUACCUUAGUUAUGUACUGGAAGCUUAAUCCUCACAGAAAGAAACAGGUGGCUGUUUCUGAACUCCUGGAAAAUGUCAGCCAGAUCAAUGCUGAAGAGAGCAAUGUGGAACCGGGACCUGUCCCAAAAGUGCUGCAAAAAGAGAGACGAGUGCUUGAACGACUGGUCAGCGUUCAAAGCAACAAGGAGAUGAAGGUAGAAGAUUUUAUUGACUUGACAAAGAAAUAUGCCAUGGGCAUUAUCCCAUCGAACAUGUUAUCCCAGGGUGAAGAUGACGGUAUUGAAGGGAAACCACCUGAAGACAUGCCUUUGCGGCAGAAGAUCGUGAAGUACCCACUUCAUGCCCUGAUGGAAGUAAAGGAACAUCUAAUUGAAAUAGCCUCCAAAGCUGGAAUGCAUUGGCUGCAGACAAUCAUUCCACUCCACCAUGUGAAUGCCCUCGUCUUUUUUUUCAUAAUCAGCAACUUGACAGUUGAUUUUUUUGCCUUUGUCAUCCCUCUAAUCAUCUUUUACCUUUCCUUCAUUUCCAUGGUGAUCUGCACUUUGAAAGUCUUUCAGGAUAGUAAGGCAUGGGACAGUUUCAGGACAAUGACUGACCUGUUGCUCCGCUUUGAGCCAGAUUUAGAUGUAGAGCAGGCUGAGGUGAACUUUAGUUGGACUCACUUGGAGCCACACAUACAUUUCAUGCUCUCUGUGUUCUUUGUGAUUCUCUCCUUUCCCGUAGCAGACAAAGAUUGGAUUCCUUGCUCAGAGCUGUCAAUCAUUGCAAUAUUCUUUUUAAUAACAUCUUACAUGAGCCUGAGUUCAUGUGCAGAGCCAUAUACACGCUGGGCACUCAUUACAGAAGCUGUAUGGUCAGUAUUGGGGUUCUUUAGAACUCUUCCUGAUAGCUGGUACUAUCUGAAGGUUCUUGGGAAAGAUUUUACAUCCAUCUCGAUAGGGAAUAACUUUGUGUUGAAUAUAGGCCUCCCCAGUCUCUUGUACUGUUUCUUGUUCUACAUGUUCUUCAGAAUGGCACAAUUGAGGAACUUUAAAGGUACGUACUGCUACUUGGUUCCUUACCUUGUCUGCUUUAUGUGGUGUGAACUAGCAGUAGACUUUCUUAAGAUAUCCACAGGAAUAGGUCUUAUUCGGGCAUCAGUUGGCUACUUCCUGUUUCUCUUUGCCCUGCCCAUCCUGCUGUUAGGAAUCGCAUUAAUGUUUGUGGUCCAGGUAAUAAAAUGGUUUAUUUCCAUGGAGCUGAUCAAGAUAAUAGUCACCCUCGUUUUGUGCACUAUUCCCGUUGUCCUCCACAUGUGGACAAAAUCAACGGGCACCAUAUUAGGACUAGUCAAGACCCUGACAAGGAGCUCGAUUGUCAAACUCAUCCUGGUUUGGCUCACCGCAAUAAUGAUGUUCUGCUGGGUAUAUAUGUACAGAUCAGAAGGAAUGAAAGUGUAUAAUUCCACCCUGACUUGGCAUCAGUACAGCCUUGCCUGUGGGCCUCGUGCUUGGAAAGAGACCAACAUGGCCAAGGUUCAGAUGCUCUGUGGCCAUCUUGAGGGGCAUCGGGUCACGUGGACUGGACGCUUCAAGUACGUCCGCAUUGUAGAGAUUGAAAACAGUGCAGAUUCUGCGAUAAAUAUGCUCCCGUACGUCUUGGGUGAUUGGAUGAGGUGCUUGUAUGGCGAGUCAUAUCCAACAUGUGAUCCUAAAAAUGUGUCACUGGUAGAGGAUGAUCUUUGUCGUCUCAAAGUCCUCAGCAAGCAUACCUGCCACCUUAAAAGAUUCUGUCGUUAUAAAUUUGAAAUAACUGUUGGCAUGCCAUAUAAUUCACAUGGAAAUGAGUCACCAGAAGAUGAUGCAACCAAAGACAUUGUACUGAAAGCUAGUAAUGAGUUCAAGAAUGUUCUGCUGAACUUGGUGCAAGGAUAUGUGGUAGAGUUCAGUACUAUUUUGGAGGGCAAGUUGGGUAGUAAAUGGCCAGUUUUUGAACUGAAAGCCAUCAGAUGUCUCAACUGCAUGUCAAAGUUAAUACCAGCAACACAAAGGCAGGUUAAAAUUGAACAUGACUGGAGAGGCACAGUGAAACAGGCUUUCAAAUUUGCAUUCAAUUUUUUCUUUCAUCCAGCCUUGUGUGCUGUAUAACCAUAGGUUCUGCUUUUCAAUCUAUUGCUGGAUGUACUGCUUCUCUCUCCUAAGAGGAACACUGCAGCAUAUAACAAAGCCAGAGCCUCAACCCAGUGAGUAGAAUGGAGUACACCCAAGGACGUGGAAGUGCGUGUCACCUAUUUCAAUUUAAAUGUAACCUGGACCAAGCCAUUCUGAUUAUGUUCGAAAGGAAGAGUUACCAGUGGUUUUCUGGGUUUCAUUUGAUCUUAAAAGGACAUGUGGGUGUUAGCUACGCUUUCAGCCUGGGCUGCAUUUGCUAAAUAAAUGGUAGAUUAUUAAACGGUUGCUUAAAUGCUGAUAAUUUUUCACAAGGUACUCAAAAAUGUGUUAACCAAUAAAGCAGACAUUUAAGUAGGCCUCUAUUAACCUGAUCAUUAUGUAUCGAUGGUAAACAAACGCUAAUGCUAAAUGAUGAAUCAUGUACUUGAUGUAAAUGCUGCAGCACCAUGAAUUGGUGAAAUGUACUUUGAAAAAAUCAUUGUAAAUAGUAGCCUUGCUCAGGUUUUGCCUUUGUAUGAAUAAACUUUGAGUUAUGAUUAAAUAUUGUCACAGUCCUGCCACCUGAUUGUAAAAUGCAGAGGAAAGCUUGAAUCACAUUUUCUUUUUUUAAUUAACUAUCAUUAAAAGAUCACAUUUUACAUCACUUGUAGCAUACUUUAAAUCUGAAACUGUAUUUCAACGAUUUUGAGAUCACAAGAUUCAAAGAAUAUUUAAAUCUGCAAAUUUUAUUAAUCUCUGCUACAUUUUUAGUUGAACACUUUGAAAAGUACAGUUGAACUGUGGUGCAUUACUGGAAACACGUGAUGGUUACUUAUAAAUUUAUUUUAUAAGAUUAAUUUGCGAGAACAUUAUAAACCUUGAAUCCCAUAAAUUUAAUUUUAUAACUGUCGGGAUAUGUCGAUUGAGUUGUUUUUAAAAUAUAUCAAGUAAGGAAGUUUAAAUGAGCUGUGAUGCUCUGGUUCACCCCACACAUUCACUAUGACGCUGUUAUACAUGGGGCAGGAUAAUGAUCUUGUACAGGCCUGUAGCCGGCACGCAAAUUAGUUUUUUUUUUUAAUCCUUUGAAUUUCACUGUAUAAUUCUCAGCAUCAGCAAUGUUGAGUCAUUGCAUACCUUAUGUUUUGGUGUUUAGUCAGAUUCAGAGGCCAAUGUAAAAUAGCGUACGUGGGAGAGAUGAUUGUUAACUGAGGAAGAGGUUAUCGACAAGAAAGUGGUUUGUUGAUGGUAUAGCACUUUAAUUCUCUAAUGACUGAAACUUCACCAUGAUUGUUCCUUUUGUAAUGGACAGUUUAUAAUUUGGUGGUCUGAAAAACUUAUUUUACUGCCAGCAUGGUUUUGUGGAAUUAUUAAUUGGAUCUUAUUUGUAUGAGUAUUUUAAUCACUCUUGAGAGGAAAAACUUCCUAUCAGACUUCCGAGUUCAUGCUACCUUGCUUUAUUUACAUCUGACUAAAUGGUAUAAUGUCGUGCAAAAAGACGCUAUAUCUUACCAGCAUGGUAGUGCAUGGUAGACUUGAUGCCUUGCAACGCCAGAGACCUGGGUUCGAUCAUCACUACGGGUCCUUGUCUGUAUGACCUACGUAGGCUUUCUCUGCGAUCUCUGGUUUCCUCCCACACUCCAAAUACGUACAGGUUUGUAGGUAAAUUGGCUUGGUAUAAUUUCAAAUUGUCCCUCGUGUGUGUGUGUGUAGGAUAGUGUUAGUAUGCAGGGAUUGCUGGUUGGCAUGGACACGGUGGCACAAAGGGCCUGUUUCCAGUCUAUCACUAAACUAAUCUAAUGAGCAUUGCAAGUGUCACUUGGGGUGCGGAUUGGUGCAUUGGGUUCCUAAUAUCACAAUUUUUAGAACUUCUGUAAACAAUUAUAAAAUAGUUAAGAGAUUAAAUUUAAAAAAAGCCAGGAAUAGGUUGUUAAGACACGGUCAUAGACUGAUAGUGUGGAAACAGGCCCUUCGGCCCAACAAUUUCCCUGCAGCACUAGUCCCACCCUUUAUCUAGUACAGUUUUAAAAUAUAAAACCAGAAGUCAAAGGGGAACUUUAGCUUUUCACUACACAUAGUUCCGUAGCCAGCAAUUGAUAGUUAAUUUGUGAAAAUCAUGUUGUACAAUUAAGAGGGAAAGAGUUAAAGUUAAACUAGAAUGGGAAGUUGUUAGGAGAAACAAGCAACCGCAGAUGCUGGUUAAUGGUUUUAGAUUAUUGAAUUACUGGGACACAUGACAAUAAACUCACUUGAACUUGAAGUUGCUGAGUAGCCCAAUAAAUCAAUCUACUUUUGUUACCAUACCUUUUAAUUCUGGUGGUUGUAAGUAAUGGGGUUAGCUAAUAAUACAUUUUACAGCAAGAGAAUGAGGACUUGUACACCGCAGUUAGUACAAUUGGAGGGUUAUAUUGGAUAAGACAAAUUCUCAAAAUCCUAAAACUGAACUUGAAGUAAUAAGUUUUUUAAUCCAAGUGUUCUUUAAUGCAUUUCAGUAAUGAAAGUGUACUUUUGGUGUGAAUAUUGUUGACAUUUGUUUUAAAGACCCAUCGUGUUAAAUUAUUCAUAGUUAAAAUUAUUCAUAGUUAAAAGCCAAAGCAAAGCCUCAGCAAGUGCAAUAGAUCAUGACCCUUCACAAUAACUCAAACUACACGUUACUUCACCAAAUUGGUCAAAUGCAACACGUAGAAUUGAUUUAUUUUUUUUCCAUCAUGCAUCUUAAAUUAUUCAUUGAAUAAUCAGUUUCUACUUUGAAGUGCCUGACAAUGACCCUUCACUGUGGCUGUAUAACUCCUGGCAACAUGUAGUAUUCAUGGGUUUAAUCUGGAGUGGGUAAACUGAUGGUGCAUUUUUAGUAAAAUGUUGAAUUGUGCAUUUUGAUAAGUGAAGAUGCUAGCUGGGGUCCUAAGAAAUAAACCUGGGUGCCUAUGGAGUUGGUAUUGAAUUGAAAUAUUGCAAAUUUGCAUAAGCCUUACAUGAUCAAUAGGAGAUGUUUGUUGGUUAUUUUUAAUCAAGUUUCAUUUCUAUAUUUAUCUCAACUUGUGAAACAUCUGUACCAAAAGUGCAUAUGCUCUGUAUUAAAAUGCAGUGUUAAAGCUGUUACCAAAAACCUUCACCUACCUUUACUCAGUUCUUAUGUCUUCAAUAAAGCUGUUUACAAAAUG